AAUCCUGCAGGAAAUGACUGAAAAACGGAGUUUAUAAUCUGGCUCUGUACAACACAAACGAUGGCAGGAAUAUCUAUUUAUGUCGCCAGCGUCAAUAUCACUGUCUCACAUGAUAUGGACACUGAAAAGAGCUCUGGGAAAGAGAAGGAAUAUGAGUGCGUGGAACUUGGUGAUCUAGAGAGAAAAGAGAAGACCCCACGGCGAAUUAUUCAUUUCUCCAGUGGUGAAAUCAUGGAAGAGUACAGCACAGAUGAUGAGGAGGAGAACAAAAAAGAAAACACAAAGAAAGACCUUCUGUCCUCCAAAGACACAUCCAAGCUGACUUGGGGCCCAUAUGUCUGGUUUCAGAUGUGGAAAGCAGCUGCAUCCACUAUGUCUGCUUGUGACUACCUCGGAGAACGAAUGGCAUCACUUUUUGGCAUCACCACAGCUAAGUACCAGUAUGCCAUUGAUGAAUACAGCAGGGCAAAGAAGGAGGAGGAUAAAGAUGAAGAUACGCAACUCUCUGAGGAGGCCGAGCACCUGUUUGUGGAGCAGAAUGAAGAAGAUGAGGAGCCGAAGACCAACCAGCCCAAGACCAAGAGCACUCAAAGAAAUGUGACCAAUGAGCUGGACCUUCACUCUUCCUUGGUGCCCAAUACAGUCCACAUUCCUGCACUCGUUACUAGCCCUUAACAACUAAAAGUAGGUUUUUGGUCAUUUAAUUGAGGGUAAAAAGCAAGUCUCUAUCAUUUAAAGCACUUACGUCAGGGAUUUAAUCAGACUCUGUUAUACAUUUUGUAUAUCUCUGUUAACUUGUUUGUUUUCUGAUUGCCUUAAUAUACUUAUCCAAUGCCAGUAAAAUGAUACUGAUCAUGGUGCUAAUGAGGAGAUGUGCCAUUUCCUCACCCACAGACCAAAAGUUAAAUGGCUCAAAAUGCCACUACAUUACAAUGAUUACAAUAUCUGUUUGUUUGUUUUUUUAUUGACUUUGUCAACUAUUUAUUAUUAUUUAUUUGCUUUGCAAUUUAUGUAGCAUUUGAUGGAUAUACCCUCCAUCAAUACAGAUCUACAAACCUGUCUAAAAAUGGGCCUCACACUUGUAUUGAAUUCUUUUGUAUUUAAUAUGCUGUAAUGUUAAUGCUUGAUAUUUAUGUCUUGUCACUGUACUGAAUCAUUUAAAUGUUUUCAGUUGGAAUUGUUAUUUUUUACUAUUUUGUGUUUUGAAUUAAUAAAAUACUAAUAGUUAAAUGUCUCUGUGUUAAGUUGAGUUGCUUUCAGUUGUCUUGUGUGGGUUGAUUCUGUGCUAGUGUGCUCUCCCCCUUGUAGAUGCUGUUUUGUCUUUUGCAACAAAGGUCUCAAUGUCUGUGUGGUACUAAAGGACAGUUGAGCUUGUCCUCAGUGUAACCCUGCUUAUAUGAGUAUGGUUGUUUUCAUCUAGACAGAAGCAUUCAUUAUGUUGUGUUCCAAAAUCGCACUAGAUGAUGUAGAAUAUAAAAUCACCUCUUGGAAGAAACCUCUAGGUCUGUCAUGAGUUUACUGUGGUAGGGAUGAUUUCAAGGGGGUUCCCAACCUUCUCUUUGACCAUUGAACCCUUAUGAUUUACCUUAUUUAUAUUAAAAGUAAUGUCACAACAUUUCAUAUAUAUAUAUUAAUUACACGGCUCUCUGGAAUACUCUAUUCUGAUUGGCCAAUGGUGCCAUCCAGCAGUCAGAUAUUACUCUGUAUCCACCGCACAUCCAGGGAUUAUGAC